AUGGAUAAAAAAUUUAUGUUACACUUAUUAAUUAAUUUAUCCACUAUUAGUUUUUUAACAAGGAUAUGCAGUUUCAAAAACGACAUAAGUAAUUUUAAUAAAUCAUUAGGAGAAAAGUGCAGUGUAAAUAUAAAAUUAGAUUUAAGAACUUAUCGAUUACUAGCAAAAUGUAAGAAGUAUAAGAAUUCAAGUAUUUUAUGUUUAAAAGAAGAAAUAUCAUGUAAUAGAGUAAACGAAAAAAAAAACUUAUCUAAUAAUGAAAAAUGGGAGAAAACAAAAAAUAGACGUUCCCAAAAAAGUUCAUCAAAGCAUAAAGAAGACGAUCAACUGGCUAGGAAAAUUAAAUCUAAUAAAUUUGAAACAAAAAAAUGUUCUCAUCUUGAAAAAAAAAUAUUCAAAGAACUGGAUUAUUUUGAUUUUCUUAAAAAUAACAGAACAAUUAAUGACAAGGUUUACGAAAAAUUAGUACUUAAAAAAUGUAGAUUACGAAUUUUUAUACCUGCAAUAUUGCUAUUGUUUUUUGCAAUAACGAUUAUAUUAGAUUAUACUUGCUUUUAUGGGCUUAUAUGGAUACUGUUUAGAGCAGUGACGAUGUGUCAUGGAUCUGGGUGGUACGGUCGUUUACAUAAAUUUUUGGAAUCAUCCGAUUUAAAUUGGUUGUUCAAGUCUAAAAGUAAAGAAGCUGUGUUAAAGAUGGUACAGAAAUCAAGUACGGGACCAUGGGAAAAAGUAAAAGGACACAUUUAUGUAGAGAGUUUCUUCGGUUAUCUAGUAUAUAUUGUACCAUUAUUAAUUUUAGGUGUCACACUUAUAUUAGGGCUUCUUUAUUAUCAUAAAAAAGUUAUAAAAUAUCAAAAAAUUAAGUUCACGAAAAGGUAA